CGCAUGUCAGGAUCGUUGCAGAGAUCCUGCUGCCUUGGCUCUCACGAUCAAUCGUGAGGAUGGUGUUGUCUGCGAGGGGCUACGGACGCCUCGUUUUCUGUUUUUAAAACAGAUGUCGGGAGCCGAUGAAGUCACAUGAAAACGGACUCUAAUACCUCCUGAAGCCGACUGUCUGUGGAGAAGAAGACGCCACUGUCAGACCAAGGACAACGCUAACAUUACUGAUGGAAUUCCCAGUCGUUGCUAGAUGGAGAAACCGAAAGGGUGGACUCGUUAUAAAUAAUUAAAGAACACAUCUGCUGCUAAAAUAGAAGGAAAAUGCAUCUGCACCAGGUGCUGACGGGAGCGGUGAACCCUGGAGAUUGUUGCUACUCGGUGGGGAGCGUUAAUGACAUUCCCUUCACGGCCUACGGAUCAGGAUGCGAUGUAGUCAUCUUGGCUAGCGACUUCGACUGCGUUCAGAUUAUCCCGGGAGCUCAGAAUGGAAACAUACAGGUGGGCUGUGUGGAGUGCUCCCACCAGCUUGGCAGGAUUGCCGCUUCUUACGGAAACACGGUCUGCAUCUUUGAGCCGCUUUCUAUCAAUCCCAAUAAACGCCACAAGCAACUUAACUAUCAGUGGCAAAAGACAGGACAGUUCUUUCUUGAUGCCAUCACCUACAACCUGGCCUGGGACCCUCAAGGGAACCGUAUCCUGGCAGCAACUGAACGACUCCAGCUGUGGGCUCCUCCACUGGCAGACGCUCUCAUAGAAGAGGAGGAUGGGCAGAUGAUGGAGGACAAACCCCACCCUGUCCUCAGUGACUGGAACUGUGUCUGGCAGUGCAAGACCGCUGCGUCCAUUCACACUGCCAAGUGGUCUCCUGAUGGAGAGUACUUUGCAACAAUUGGGAAGGAUGACUGUUUACUUAAGGUGUGGUAUCCCACCACUGCCUGGCGCUCAGCGGUGGUGGUCCAGGACCCAUCUGAUAAAAAGUCUCCACCUGUUCACUUUUCCUUUGUUUACUUGGCCCAUCCUCGCUCGGUCACUGGUAUGUCCUGGAGGAAGACCAGCAAAUACAUGCCCAAGGGAACGGUCUGCAACGUGUUGCUCACGUCCUGCGAGGACGGUGUGUGCAGGUUAUGGUCAGAGACCCUACUACCAGAAGACAGUCUGCUGGGUGGGCAGAUCACUGAGAACACACACACUUUCAGCUCCAGCCUCCCGGGUCUGGCAGGAAAUAAGGACAAAAUCCAGCACGCUUUAGAGUCAAUCCACCACCUGAAACAGUUGCGCCGGGGCCGGCGGCGGUCCUCUGCUCUGGUGGCCCACAGUGACCUGCUACCCUCUCAGCUGGGCACACAAGACGCUCACACUCACCGCCACAUUGCUCACCAUGCCAACGCCCUGUGUCACUUUCAUAUCUCUGCCAGUAUUAACCCAAACACAGACAUCCCCUCGACGCUGGCUGACUCCUCAGUAUUCAACCCUGAAGACAGCACCGGUGGUGGAGGCUUUGUGGUUCACUGGCUUAACAACAAGGACCUCAGUUUCACUUCAUCAAUGGACCUUUUUAUGACGCAGCUCCGCAAGUUCUCCGAGCAGCACCUGGACCAGACUACUGACGAGCCUCUAGACCCCGAGGGAUCCCCUAUGAAGUUUGAUUUUGACCUGGAUGAGAUGUCUGACAAAGCGUCCUCAGAGCACGGAGAGGAGGGGGAUUCAGGGGAACAAGGAAGCACAAAGGCGUCCUCCCCUGGAUCCAGCUCCAGCAUGCCGUUACCGUCCAUGCUGCUGGAAAGGAAGAUGGAGACUCUGACCAUAGAGUGGAACAAGAGUCCGGACAUGUUGUUCACGAUACACCCCACUGACGGUUCCUUCUUGGUUUGGCAUGUAAAGUACCUGGAUGAAUUCAACCAGGGGAUUUUCAGACAAGUUCAGGUCUCCUUCUCGUCGCGCAUUCCGGUUGCUUUUCCUACGGGUGAUGCUAACUCCCUAAGUAAAAACAUCCUGAUGUACGCCUGCACUUUGACUGAGGGCGAGAGCGCCGGGACCGGCGAACAGGGAAGAAUGGUCCAGCGGAUGUCCCGCUCAGCGUCCAUAUCCACCGGCCUGGGCUCCACCGCUGUCUCUCCCUCACCAAAACUUCGGCCUGGCAUUAGCCCUGCCGUCAUGAUGGUGUCGAAGCACGUCGACGGAUCUCUCAACCAGUGGGCGGUGACAUUUGCUGAGCGUUCCGGCUUCUCCAACGUCCUGACUGUUUCUCACAAGAUUCGGUACUGCGGCCACCGUUUCCACCUCAACGACCAGGCCUGUCACACCGUGCUGCCGCUGCUCCUCACCUCCUCCCACCACAACGCGCUGCUCACCCCUCCCUCUGCCCCCAGCAGUUUGGAAGGGGAGCAGCCCCAGUCCUUUCCUCCACCAAAAGGGCUUCCCAGGAAGCAGCUUCGUAAUGCAGCUACAAGGACUUUCCACGACCCAAAUGCCAUUUACAGUGAGCUGAUUUUGUGGCGAGUGGACCAUAUCGGACCCCUGUCCUGCACCGGAGGGGUCUCCGAACUGGCCCGCAUCAACUCUCUGCACACGUCUGCCUUCAGCAAUGUGGCUUGGCUGCCUACACUUGUACCCAGCACAGUACUUGGAACCUACUGUAACAGUGCCAGCGCCUGCUUUGUGGCAUCAGACGGUAAAAACCUGCGUCUCUAUCAAGCCGUUGUGGACGCCAGAAAACUACUGGAUGAGCUGUCGGAUCCAGAAACAUCUAAACUGGUGGGCGAAGUGUUCAACAUUGUCAGCCAGCAGUCCACAGCCAGACCUGGAUGUAUCAUCGAGUUGGAUGUCAUUACAAACCAGUGCGGCUCCAACACCCAGCUGCUUCAUGUCUUCCAAGAGGAUUUCAUUUUAGGUUACAAACCUCAGAACGAAUCAGGGGCUUUCACACCAGCCUUCUCGACUGGAGAAGAUUACCAACCUGCCCCAUUUUCUGAGAAGUUCUUCUUGGUGGUAAUAGAGAAAGAUCUUAAUGGGAACUCUGUGCUGCAGAUGUGGCACCUGCACCUCCAAUCCGUGCAGGCCUGCGUCGAUGAGCCCAGCCAACCAUUUAGUUUCCAGAGCCAGCUCCUGGUUCCCAGUCAGGUUGUGAAUGCCGACUCGUCCCCGGAGACCUCUCCAAUCAGACCCCUGCCUCGAUCUGCUUCUUCAGCCAACUUGCAAUCAGCAAGCAAACUUAUCCUCAGCUCCAGGCUGGUGUGCAGCAAGCGACUAGACUUACCGCAUGGGGUGGAAGUUACCAGGGCAACGCCAUCUGCAGGUCACCUGAGCUCCUCCUCCAUCUACCCUGUGUGUCUGGCUCCGUACCUGAUCGUUACCACCUGCUCCGAUUCUCACGUGCGCUUCUGGCGCUGCGCUGUGGAGGGCGACGACGGACACGACACGGACAACCGGGUGUACCGCUGGGAACCGUGGGUCCUCAUGAACGAGGAGGAGGACAACAACAGCGCAGUGUGUGUGUCAGGACGGCCCGUCGCCGUUUCCUGCUCCUACAUUGGCCGGCUAGCCGUGGCCUUUAAGCAGCCACGGCAUGGACUGCUGCACAAUUCUGUGGAGGACUUCUCCAUGCACGUUUCCAUCUAUGAGUGUGAAUCCACUGGAGGCUCUGAGUGGGUAUUAGAGCAAACUGUUCACCUUGAUGACUUUGUCAGACCUUCUUCAACACUGGAUCCGAGAGUCAGCGUGGACUCCAACCUUUUUGUCUACAGCAGGUCUGAUUUAUACAUGAGCAGAGACCAUAGCUCGCCCAACAUCAAGCACUUCGUCCACCUGGACUGGCUGUCAAAGGAGGACGGCUCCCACAUUCUCACAAUUGGGGUGGGCUCCAACAUCCUCAUGUACGGCCGCAUCUCUGGCAUGGUCAAUGAGCAGACCAGCAGCAAAGAGGGGGUGGCAGUAAUCACCCUUCCUCUAGGGGGCAGUAUCAAACAGGGCAUCCGUUCACGCUGGAUCCUGCUUCGUGCCAUUGACCUCCUGUCAUCCGUGGAUGGUACGCCUUCGCUGCCGGUCUCCCUGUCCUGGGUGAGGGACGGCAUCCUGGUGGUGGGUAUGGACUGUGAAAUGCACGUGUACGCCCAGUGGCACCAGGACAAGAAGCCCGGUGAGGGAGAAGAGGGCAACCUGUCAACCGCGGACAUCGCCGGAGGUCAGAGCGCGGUUACCUCCUCCGUCUUCGAAGGGAGAACCAGGUCCAAGAGCGUGUUUGAAGGGAGUACUGGAGUGGACGAGGCGCUCCGCGCCCCCGCAGGACUGCAGGAAGGUGGACUGUUCGAGGCGGCUCAUUCUCUCUCCCCCACUCUGCCGCAGUACCACCCAACUCAGCUGCUGGAACUCAUGGACUUGGGGAAGGUUCGACGGGCCAAGGCCAUACUUGCCCAUCUGGUGAAGUGCAUAGCCGGAGAAGUCGCCGUGGUCAGGGAUGUGGAGGCGGGUGAAGGCGGAUCCAGGAGGCAUCUCUCUCGAACAAUCAGCGUGACCGGAAGCACGGCAAAGGACACCAUUGUGGCCGGCCGAGACGGAGGGAGGGAUUACACGGAGAUCAACUCCAUCCCUCCACUGCCCCUCUACGCCUUGAUGUUGGCCGACCUGGACACCUCAUUCAAGGGAGCGGAAGAAAGCGCCAAAACGGCUAAGGUUGUUGACGGUGAUGCGGCUCAAAAAUCCUCAGAAGACCAGUAUGCCGAUCUCUUCCAGGUGCCAACAGUUACUACUGAUGACUUUGUGAACUUUGCUACUGAUAAACCAGAGAGGAAGUCUCGAGUCAUCAACCUCUCUCAGUAUGGGCCCUCUUAUUUUGGACCAGAGCAUGCUCAGGUAUUAUCAAGCCACCUCAUGCACUCGAGCCUCCCGGGACUGACCAGGCUGGAGCAGAUGUUUUUGGUGGCCCUGGCCGAUACGAUUGCUACCACCAGUGCUGAAGUUACGAGCUCCACUGAUCAACAGUACACAGGUGGCGAGGCUCUUGAUGAGUGUGGACUGAGGUACCUGCUCGCCAUGCGUCUUCAUACCUGCCUGCUCACGUCUUUGCCUCCCCUGUAUCGCAUGCAGCUGCUUCACCAGGGCCUUUCCACAUGCCACUUUGCCUGGGCCUUCCACUCGGAGGCGGAGGAGGAGCUGCUGAACAUGAUUCCUGCCAUGCAGAGAGGCGACCCGCAGUGGUCUGAGCUGAGAGCUGUGGGAGUGGGAUGGUGGAUACGCAACAUCAACACGCUGCGGAAGAUGGUGGAGAAGCUGGGCAAAGCUGCGUUCCAGAGGAACAGCGACCCUUUGGAUGCUGCGCUCUUCUACUUGGCAAUGAAGAAAAAAGCUGUUCUGUGGGGUCUAUUCCGGUCUCAGCAUGAUGAGAAAAUGACUCAAUUCUUCAAAAACAACUUCACUGAGGACCGCUGGCGAAAAGCAGCUCUAAAAAACGCUUUCUCCCUGCUGGGAAAGCAGCGCUUUGAACAGUCUGCUGCUUUUUUCCUAUUAGCUGGCUCCCUUAAAGACGCAAUAGAGGUGUUGAUGGAGAAGAUGGAGGAUCUCCAGUUAGCCAUGAUAGUAGCGCGGCUGUACGAAGCCGACUUUGAGAAUUCGUCCACCUGCCAGGGCCUCCUGUACGAGAAGGUUCUGGGCUGCAACCGGGAUGGGAGCGCCUAUCACUGCUCCAGGCUGCAUCCAGACCCAUUCCUUCGCAGCAUAGCCUAUUGGAUCAUGAAAGAUUACACCCGAGCCCUGGACACACUCUUGGAGAGAAACCCAAAAGAAGAGGAGAAUCCAGAUGUGAUGGUGAAGUCUUGCAACCCUGUGGUGUUUAGUUUCUAUAACUACUUGAGGACACAUCCUCUGAUCAUCCGUCGGCACUUUGCGAAUCCAGAAGGCACGGUGACCAAUGUGGGCCUCACCGCUGAGAAAAGCGGUGCAGAUGAGAUCAACCUCAUAGAGCGGAAACUGUUCUUCACCACUGCCAAUGCACACUUUAAAGUGGGCUGCCCGGUUUUGGCUCUGGAAGUGCUCUCCAAGAUUCCCAAAGUGAGCCGGAAAUCUGGCUCCUCGUCUCCCAGCAAAGCUCCAUCGAAGGCAAACGUGAAUGCGAGCCAGCCGUUAGAAAAUGGCACCCAGGGCGGUUUGGACUGGGGCUCCUCCGCAGCACCGGCUCCUGCCUGGGGAGCCAACGACGGCGUCGGUGGGCUGGACUGGAGCCAGCCCGUUGUCAAGGUGGAGGAAGACGAGCUGCAGCUCGACUGGGGCAUUGACAGGGAAGACGAUGAAGAUGAGGAUGAAGACGGCUUAACCAUGAAGAAACCAGAGAUCGAGGACAAAGGCUCAAAGAAUGAUGGUCCCAAACUGCAAAGAGAAGACUCACAGGGCGAGUCCGAAGUGGAUGUGAUUGCAGAGCAACUGAAGUUUCGUGCGUGUUUGAAGAUCCUGAUGACGGAGCUGCGAACGCUGGCCACGGGUUUUGAGGUAGAUGGAGGGAAGCUCCGCUUUCAGCUCUACAGCUGGCUGGAGAAGGAGAUCGCAGCAAUGCACAAGAUCUGCAACUACAAGGUGGAGGGAAAAGAGGAAGGCCCAGAGGUCGAGCGGGAUCGUACGGCGUCUGUGGACAUUUCAGACGAGGCGCUGGAGAACAUGGAGGCCGGGGCUUACGAGCGUCACCAGAUGGAGCGACGUCGCCUUCAAGCCAAGCAGCAGCACUCUGAGAGGCGUAAAGCCUGGCUGAGGAAGAACCAGGCCCUGCUGAGGGUCUUCCUGUCCUACUGCAGCCUUCACGGAGCCAAAGGAGGAGGGGUCACCUCCGUCCGUAUGGAGCUUCUCUUCCUUCUGCAGGAGAGCCAGCAGGAGACCACGGUGAAGCAGCUGCAGUCCCCGCUGCCUCUGCCUACCACCCUGCCCCUGCUGUCGGCGUGCAUCGCCCCCACCAAGACGGUCAUAGCCAAUCCCGUUCUCCAUCUCAGCAACCACAUCCACGACAUCCUCUACACCAUCACAAUGCUGGAGGCUCCGCCACAUCCGGACGUCAUCGACGAUCGGGUAAAUGCUCUUCACACGCUAGCAGCGUCUCUUUCUGCUUGCGUCUACCAAGCCCUAUGUGACAGUCACAGUUACAGCAGUCAAACAGAAGCCAACCAGUUCACGGGGAUGGUGUAUCAGGGGCUGCUGCUAAGUGAAAGGAAGCGGCUUCGCACAGAAAGCAUUGAAGAACAUGUUACUCCGAACUCUGCUCCUGCGCAGUGGCCUGGUGUGUCGUCCCUGAUCUCCCUGUUGACGUCUGCGAGGGAGGAGGACCAGCCGAGGCUCAGCGUUCUGCUGUGUGAGGCGGUCGUGGCCGUUUAUCUUUCGCUGCUUAUCCACGGCCUGGGCACUCACAACAGCAACGAACUCUUCCGCCUGGCUGCGCAUCCCCUCAACAACCGCAUGUGGGCGGCCGUCUUCGGAGGAGGAGCAAAAGUCAUUAUUAAGCCAAAGAGGCCUGAACUUCCACCAGCGGCCCCCCCUCAGCCGCCUGCGGAGGACGUGGACCGAUACAGGCGCAGAUUCAACAUGAGGAUGCUGGUUCCUGGACGCCCCGUGAAGGAGACGCCCGCCACCCCUCCUCCUGUGCCUGCAGAGAGACCCACCUACAGAGAGAAGUUCAUUCCCCCCGAGCUGAGCAUGUGGGAUUACUUUGUAGCGAAACCUUUCCUCCCGCUCUCGGAGAGCAUUGCUUUGUAUGAUUCAGACGAAAGUGGCGCUGAGGAUGACGACGAUGACGAUGAUGCCUUCCUCUCGGACACACAGAUGACGGAGCAUUCGGACUCCAGCUCCUACAGCUGGGCUUUGAUCCGUUUGGUUAUGGUCAAACUGGCUCAUCACAACGUCAAGAACUUUAUCCCUCUCACUGGACUUGACUUCACAGAUCUACCAGUCACUUCCCCUCUCAGCAACGCAGUGUUGAAGACUUUGGAGAACUGGGAACAACUUUUACUGGAGCGGAUGAACAAGUUUGAAGGUCCGCCUCCCAAUUACAUCAACACCUACCCCACUGACCUGAGCACGGGAUCUGGGCCUGCCAUACUGCGACACAAGGCCAUGCUGGAGCCGGACAACACGCCCUUCAAGAAUAAGAGCCAUCAGUCCUUCCCAGUUCGACGUCUUUGGCAUUUCCUGGUCAAACAGGAAGUUCUGCAGGAGGCUUUGAUUCGCUACAUCUUUACCAAGAAAAGGAAGCAGAGUGAGUCUUUAGAGAACCAUGUGGACCGUAUAAACCCAAACUGCAUAGCUGGAGCUAGCAGUCCCUAUAAGGUAGAGGCAGAUCUGGGCUAUCCUGGAGGAAAGGCCAAAAUCAUUCACAAGGAGUCCGACAUAAUUAUGGCGUUUGCCAUUAACUGGGCUAACUCCAAUGAGAUCGUGUUGGCGUCCACCCACGAUGUCCAGGAGGUGGACGUCUCCACUCUAGUGGCCGUCCAGCCCUACACCUGGAUAGGAGACGACUUUGAUAAGGAAUCCCGAAGCUCUGACGACUUGGACCCCCGCUCCUCUCACACAAAUAUCGCCCAGGCGAGCUCCGUGUCCUUUGCGCCGCCGCCGAUGCCGGUCUCUGCAUCCAUGCCGUGGCUCGGUAGCGGUCAGACCAGCAUGGGGGCCAGCGUGAUUAUGAAAAGAAAUCUGAAUAACGUGAAGAGGAUGACAUCGCACCCUGUUUAUCAGUAUUACAUGACGGGGGCUCAGGACGGCAGUGUGAGGAUGUUUGAAUGGAACAGGCCGCAGCAGCUCAUCUGCUUCAGACAAGCAGGCAACGCUCGUAUCACCCGGCUCUAUUUUAACACCCAAGGCAAUAAGUGCGGAGUUGCUGACGGAGAGGGAUUCCUCAGUCUCUGGCAGGUCAACCAGACGUCCUCCAACCCCAAACCGUACCUGAGUUGGCAGUGUCACUCCAAGACCUGCGGCGAUUUUGCGUUCAUCACGUCCUCCAGCCUGAUCGCGACAGCCGGACAGUCCAACGACAACAGAAAUGUUUGCUUGUGGGACACUCUGAUUUCACCUGGCAAUACAAUAGUCCACGCGUUCCCCUGCCAUGAAAACGGGGCCACUGUUCUCGAGUACGCUCAGAAACAGCAGCUGCUCAUCACUGGAGGCAGGAAAGGCUUUGUGUGUGUGUUUGACAUCCGCCAGAGACAGCUGCUGCACACUUUCCAGGCCCAUGACUCGGCCAUCAAGGCGCUCGCUCUGGAUCCCUUUGAGGACUUUUUCGUCACCGGCUCUGCAGAGGGAAACAUAAAGGUCUGGAAGCUGGCGGGCCACGGCCUCAUGCACUCCUUCAGCAACGAACACGCCAAGCAGUCCAUCUUCCGCAACAUCGGCAACGGAGUCACGAAGGUGGAGACGCGUCCGGGGAACCGCAUCUUCACCUGCGGCGCGGACGGCACCCUGAAGAUGAGGGUUCUCCCUGACCGCUACAACAUCGCCAGCAGCAUCGUUGACAUCCUGUGAUGCCUGCUUCCACAUCUGACGGUCCAAAGACGAAAAAGACAAGUAGAAAAAAAAAGACAAAAAAAAAUGCGAAGGCUCGUCAAACGGCCUUUAAGUGAGCAUAGUUUGUCAACAGCUUGCCACGCUUUUUGGCACCUUUGAGUGCGCAGAGGUCAGGGGUUUACUGCGGGAGUAAGUGUCGUCCAGAACGACAAAACCAGAGCUGCAAACGUUUCUUUUCGCCCCCAAAGGCUGAAAACAAAAAGUUACAAGCAAAACGGUAUCAUACUUGAUUUUAAAAGCUAGAUUUGUUGUGAUUUUAUUGAUGAAUCUCUUCUCAUAGAGUGUGUCCAUAGGGAAGCUAUGCAUGUCCUGUUCUCGUUCCGCGGUGCAAUCACAGGUCUAUUGAUAGUGCUCUGUAAAAGUGCUCAAGCAAAAACUUUAAAAAAGUGUGUAACUGUCGUCAUUUUGUGCCCACAGCUGAAAUCUUUUAGCAUCUACUGUAACCAGCACUGUGGUUCGUUUAUUAAGUCAGUGGUUUCCGGUGUGAUUCGAGUCGUUGGAAUCAGCUUUUCGUUUCAAUAGUUUUGGCCCCUCCGGCUUCUCGCUGAAGAGCCGACGGCGCGUCGCUCUUAAAGGCGACGCCUCUCUUCCCCUUUCCCCGCCCCCUCCGUCCACUGAUCACUGGCUGCCCAUCGCUCACUGUGGCCUCUCCUGGUUUGAGUUCAACCCGAUCCAAGUGUGUGUUCUCUCUGCCGUGUCUGCCUACCAGCCCGCCCGCCUGCCUGCCUGCCUGUUAGUGCGACAACCUCCCUGCUAGAUCAUCGAACGCCCCCCACUUCCCUCCCGUGACUGUAACUUUAAAUGUUUCAUCUGUGUUGUCUAACGCUAAACACCCGACCGCCCAGAGCAGAAACACAAAGGUCCACUACUGGUUUUUGCACAAAACAAUAUCAGUUGUAUGUUUGUGGGUUGUUUUCUUUUGUUGUUGUUGUUUUAAUUGAGUUGAGUUAAAUAUUUAAAGUAUUUAUAUGUUUGUGUUUGGUUUACUGUUCCUUUGAAGAACUGUUUUAACUUAUUGCCUUUUAUUUUAGGAAUGUAAGAGCUUUCACUGUUUCCGAUUGGACACCGUGCAACAGUCUACUGUUUGUGUGUUUACCUCGCCAGCUGUUUUUAUUUCAUCCAUGAGAAAAUAGAUAUUUGCACUCAAAUUCUGAAGACACUAAAAGUUUAUUUCAUAUAUAUGGGUUAUCAAAGAAACUGUUGUAUACAAAUGAAUGUCUGGCUUUAUUUGCCCUGGUAGUAAAGCGUUUAAGAUAGUUUUACUAUAUAAAUUAUAUAAAUAUAUAUAUAUAUAUACAUACAGUACGAACUACAACAGCUUGUACAAACAUGAAGACAUUUCUUUAUUUUUUGGUUUGUAUCAUACCAGUUGGAUUAGUUGUGACUUUUGUUAAGUGUGUGGUAUUUAUUAAAGAGAUUAGUGUCCCUCCCUCUUUCUGCCCACUACAUGUGCUGUAUGUGUUUUAGGAGUUUUACCAAUGCUGUUUGUAGUGUGUGUGCGUGUGUGUGCGUGUGUAUGUGUGUGUGCAUGCAAAGAAAGCCAAUAUCAUCGUUAGAUGUUUGCCAGGGCCAUCGAGCCUGGGAGUGUUUGUGAGAGACGGGUCAAGGUAACAGUUUUACCUUUGUAAAGUGAAUAAAUGAUUUUUAUUUCA